UGCCCGUGUACCCCGGCGCGUCCUCGUCCGCUCUGCGGAAUCGCCUGACGGAUAUUUUGACAGUACGCCGCCCUGCAUCCUCCGCGUCGAGAUGCGUCUACCCUCGUCGCCGGCGACGUCCGCCCUCGCAAGCUCAUGCACGGCUCUCGGGAUCACUGCACGGUACCCGCGACGGCAUCCGCGUCGGGCACGUUGCGACGUUGUUGAACAGCGCCGCUCGCAAAACCGGGUCAGUCGAUAGAGUUGAGCGAGUGUUUGUGCGCGUGCUGAGUGCUCCUCCGGCUGGGCAGGGUUGGGGGUUGGAGCAAACGAGCCGGCAAGACUACGCAGUUGGAUAAGUCGACGCGCUUCUCGAUUCCGCCGACGAUCAUUCCGAGCAUCAUCCCCAUCUCUCGGAAGAACGGAGGAAUUUGCGCGAUUCACCAAGAAGACAGGAUUUUUCGCUACUACGCGAUCUCUCUUUCUCUUAUUCUCUUCCCUUCUUUCUCCCUCUUUCUCUCUCUUUUUCUCUCGGGGUGGCUGGGAGAAAUGGCAGCGCGGCGGGUCCGCGUCUUCGCGACGUCUCGGGCGAGCGAGACGCCGAGACUCGUUUUUGAGCCAAGUGGGCGGCUUUAGUCGCUGCGAGAAGUGAAGUGUUUGAAUGACUUGCGCUCGGCACGGCGGUAAGGUGGUUUUGCGUUAGCUGGCUAUGCGGAUUUCACGGAGAGCAGGCCGCCGGACGGACCCGACAUGAAUACCUCCUCGGCGAGGUGGGGCCGCCGGCCCUCUCGGCGUCGCCGGAUCGCCGUCGCCGCCGCCGACGCGGGCGUCCCGAAGUGCCGUGUAAAUCUUCCUGAAAAUUACAAAGUAAUCUCGCGGCGCGCUCGCGCGAUGGUCUCACCAGGUCUCGUUCGUGUACGCGUGUGCGUCGUGUAUCCUACGUGAAGGUGCCGUUCGACGGGACGACGGCCGUGCUGACACCGGCGACUGGCCCCACGCGUCCUGCACCGGCACUCGCGAUCGACGCGACCUUUUUCCCUCUUCCUUUUCUUUUUUUUUUCCUCAACGAGACGAAAAGGAUCUCUCUCCCUGUCUCUCUUUCUCGCGAGAGACCUUCGCGAUUGCGUUUCGCGAUUCCCCGUGAAAGAAGGGCGGAGGUCUCUCCCCGGGGCGACCCCGGCUACGAACUUGGCCGUGCUCCUCCUCACGGACGUGGAACCGUCCGUCCGUCUGUCAGGAGCGUCUCUCGAACGUGAAACCCCGCUCUCAGGACCUUGACGUUCUCCUCCGCGAGCGGAUUCCCGCGCUCGGUCGGUUUCGAGGUAUCCCGGUGCAUGCGUUCGAAGGUGGGCGGAUGCCGCUGUCCACGCCAAGGACACGUAUCCUCAGGCGCGCGGCCCGAGAACAAUGAGCAUCUCAGAGCGGUCGUUCCGUUGGCAAUGCCGGGACGCCGAGAGCCGUCUCGUUUUGCCCUUCGUCCACGUCGUCAUCCUCGUCGUCAUCCUCGUCUUCAUCGUGUCGUCCUCCUCGUCGUCGUCGCCGCCGCCGUCGUAAGCUCCGCUGAAACGCAUGAGCGAGAGCUAGUCGCGUCGCGAAUGCACACGCCGUGGGAAUAAAUCGACCGGGAGGGUGUCACGAACUCGCUCUCGUCCUGCUGCGACGGUUAGAAAGGACGUAAGGAACGGUUUCGGACGGAGGAGGAGACGAGGAUAAGAGGAGAGGCUAACGAGCCGGACAGGAUGAGUCAUUUCGAUUGGAAGCUGCUACGCCGGAAGAAGGUGAUACCGGCGGAUCGCCGGCCGCCGGAGAAGGAGGAGACCUGGACGCUGGCUAGCGAUCAGCAAGAUCCGCGCGCCUUUCUCGACGACACCGUCGAGUCCAAGAUCUCGAAAGCGGAGCCGCAAGAUCCCGAGAAGGCGCAGACGAAGCCGCCCGUUGCGGAGGUGAUCGCCGCGGAUGAUCAUGCGGACCACAACCUGCCGCGCAGCCAAGAGACUAGAAAGAGCAAGACGAAGAAGGUGAAGAGCUACCUAAGGAAGUGCAAAGGCGCCCUGUCCAAGGGCGACGAGAGCGUCGCGGAGAAGAAACGCCAGGAGAACUGCACCUCGUGGUACUUGGAAGACGUGCCGACGUGCGCGAGCAGUCGCGAGGAUCAGGACGAGUCCGCGGAGAGGUACAAGGAGUUCUCCGAGGAGAGACUCGAGCAGCAGGCCCGCGACGCGGAACCCUUGGAGAAUCCUGUGCCUGAAACACCCGAAGCGAGUCUCUUUAAGGGCGAGCACCUCGACAAGACUGCGGACGAGGCUCUCGCCAGGCUGUUAGAGGAGGAUCGCAGAACCGAUCUCAACAGAAGCAGGACGUCCCUGUACGAGGACGCCAAGGACUCAGGCCCGGAGCAAUGCGCUCCGGAUGAGAAGGUCCCGAUCAGGGAGCAGGAGCGAUUCCACGACGAGAAUGAGAAGAAGAACGACGCGGUCUCGCUCGAGACGUUGACGACGGAAGACACGAAUUUGAACAAGUGCGACUCGAGCGACACGCUAAUAGCAGAAACGGCGGAAACUACCGCGGAUCUCGAUACGGAGCCAACGAUCGUCGCGGAGGAAGCGGAAAAACCAGAGGUAUCCGUCGAUGGCGAUGAGGAGGCAGCGUUACCGGUUCCUGCGUUCUGUGGGAAUCGCGGAGACUUCGCCUCACUGGUCCGCAGCUUGCUAGGGCCAAUUUACGGCGAAGGCGUUAUGAGCUUGCUGAUAAGACAAGCCCGGGACAUCCUGGUUUGCGCUUAUCACGGCAAUUUGGAUAACUUCGUUCGGACUUAUCUGUCACCUGCCGCUGCCUUGCUGACGGAAGUCAGGAGCGCUGCCCGCGAAAUGGAGGACGAGGCAGUGGUGCCAGAGGGCUGGCCGCUGACGUUAGGCGGCAGCGGCCUCGUCCUGCAGCUGGGUGAGCUCGAGGCCUCCGCGCUGCGUCUCGGGGAAUGUUACCUGUGCGUACGCAGCGCGGCUGCAACUGCAACUGCAACCACCUCGUCGGUCAGCGGCGUCACGGCCGCCGGUGAAGCCGCCGAGCAGAAUACCGUUGAGAUAGCAGUGGUCUGGCGAGCAACGUCGAUGAGGGCGCCGGGGAUUUUGGGUUGGGACCGCGAGGACGAGUUCAUGGACUGGCGGGACCUGACGAACAAGGGUCAGUCGAGCUCGUCGGGUGCGGCGGGCACGAGCCUCGGCGGGUCUCAGUCCUCGGGCGCGAUGAAGGCGAGUCGUCCGCGCCGGAGGUCGCGCGAAGAGGCGCGUCCGAGGACGCGCGAGACCAGCAGGACCAACGCCGAGCAUCGCCGCGAGGAGACCAGGUCGAUCGAUAGACUGGAGCAUCAUCACCAGUCAUCGCGCGAAGACCGCGCGAUCGAUCGCGAAACCGGCUAUCACACCGCCACGGUGAUGAAGUCGCGUUCCGCGUCCAGCGUGGACGCCUGGAAGGAGGAGCUCGACGGCGACCUCGAGCGAGGCUCGAGUCGCAGAGCGCACUACCCCUGGAACUCCUCUAGUCCGACCGGCGAUGAAAGCCGCGCCAAAGUAAAACGGUGCGCCAAGGUCGUCUCCACCAUAACCAUGGAGAAGUGGAAGGAGAGCAGCAGGUGCGAGACCCGCAGCAGGUCUGUCGCACCUGAGGACUUGAGGAGCCCGUUGCUGUUCGAGGGGAACGUGCUGCGAUGGGACAACGCCGCGGACGACACCGCCAAGGAUCUCGAGGACAGGUUGCGCAACGCGGGCGGUCCGGACGACGUCAGCGACGAGGAUUUGCCGGCAUACAUAGGCAAUCUGCUCGUCACCGUCGAGAGAAAGAUCGAGAGGGUCUCGCUCGAUGAUAUGACGUUCCCGUGCCCAGCCUGCAGGAACAUCGACACGGACGACCCGCUGUUGGGCUGCAGAUGCGCCGGCGACGACUGUGGCUGCGGCGCCGACGAGGAUAACUGCGACUGUGCCUCCGUGACGGUCUCGCGGAAGGAACAGAAGAGCUUCGAGGUCGCGGGAAUUAAACAUAUCGACAGCGAUGACGAGGAGGAAGUACGAAUGGGAUUCGGCACCAAAAAGCGAGUCGACGAGGUGACAUCACCGAGGUCUAUCCACGACUUGCCGGAACACGUUCUCACCUGCAGCCUGACGCUUCCCGGAUACACGGACGUCGCCGGGAGACCGGUCAUCGAGUUCGAGGAUAACGCGUCCACGAGGGAAGCCCUCUCCGUACGAGAGACAUCGUCUUUUCUGCUCUACCUCGCCCGUCUACCCAGCUCCGACCACACGAAGGACGGCUUCACCAUCUUCGUACGUGGCGAUUCCAAGGAGGGUCUGGACUUCGUGGACAACGUGUUGCUACUGCUACAGGACAGGAUCAAUGUCGCUCAGGCUCUAGUGUUUCGCGCCGCCGCGGCAAUGGACGGCCCUGUCGAGUCCUUCUUACCUCUCAGUAGCGUCCAGGCUGUCGUCGUGAAUGACGCCACUCUCGCCAAGUAUAUUCCCAGGCGAGAAGAAAAUCACGACCAGAUGCAAUGGAUCGCUUUUUAUAAGGAGUACGACGGCCUCAUGACGGAGUGGCAAUCGGCCGGUCGCAGAUUGGCCCUCGAAAUGUCGGAGCUGAAGGAAUGCACGAGCCUGUCCGGCACUUUGACGCCUCUCGGUCGGCUCCUCACGGACCCCACAUUGAGAAGAACGUCUAGAGAUGCCGAAGAGGCCAUCGCCGCGCUCGAGGAACGCGCGGCCCCGCUUCUGCACGUCGAGCACGUUAGAUUGUCGGUGAAACGAGCCCGGAGACUGGUGGAGGAGGUGGGUAAGGCCGCCACCAGGCUGGAGUCAUCGUUUGAGUCGCGACGCGCGACUAUCCGCAAUCUCGCGGUUCUACGGAGCAUCGAGGAUCAGGCGCACGAGAUAUUAUCGUGGCUCUGUAAAAAAGGCGAGGACAUCCUGUCGAAGCACGCACAUCACACAGCGACGAGCUUGGCGUCGGCGCGGCUUCACGAGCGGGAAUUCGAGAAGUUUUACUUCACGUCGAUGAGACACUUGGACAAAGGGAGCGACCUUGCCGAGGCGGCGAGCGCGAGCGGGUUGCGCGAACUCGCGAGGUCUUUGAAACAACACCUGCGCGGAUUCGGCUCGCGGUUGGAGGACAGACGCGAGUACCUGGAGGACACAUCGAGAUGCUGCCUCCUGCAGGAUCGCGCCUACGAAUGGGCGCAGGAGGCUCGCAUGGCGAGCGAGAGGAGGUCCCAGCAAUUUCUGAUGGCGAGGCCGCCUUUGCCGCCCGAGCACUUCACCGAGAUGAUGGCAUUGGCCGAGAAACUCGGUAACGAGGUCCUGCUGGAGCAAUGCCGUAUCGCUAGGAACAAGUGCGCGGAAGCGCUGGAAAUCGCCAGGACCACCUCCGCACCCGGAAGCCCCGCGAGGAGGAGAUCCUUCGCCGCUUCAGAGUCAACCUCGUGGGACGACACUUUGGCUAAAAGGACGUCCUGGGACGACAGCGACAGCAGCGCGUCUUACGCUUGCCCGAUGGAAAGUGUCGGAUCAGCCGGCAGCGGCGGCCGACCAGUGCUGGACAACAUUGCCGAGCUUCGGGAGAGUGCCGAGCAACUGCUGGACUCGCCGCCGCGGACACCUCCGCGAAGCCCGGCACCACGCAGACUGGUUAAGCCGCCGGUGAAUUCGCACCUGCACCGAUCAGCCAGCAUCGCGCCGGGAAUGAAAGCGAAAAAAACAAUACUGCUCAUAAUGAGGGAGAUGAUACAGACUGAACGAGACUACGUGAAAUCUCUCGAGUACAUAAUAGAGAACUAUAUCCCAGAACUCGUGCGGGAAGACAUUCCGCAGGCACUCAGAGGACAGAGGAACGUAAUUUUCGGGAAUGUCGAGAAGAUAUAUGAAUUUCACAGCCAACACUUUCUGCGCGAAUUGGAGCAGUGCGAGCAAUCGCCCAUGUUAGUGGGACAGUGUUUCCUGAGACACGAGAAGAAGUUUUACCUCUACGCCCUGUACAAUAAAAAUAAACCAAACUCGGACUCACUCAUGGCGGAAUACGGCACUAGCUUCUUCAAGCAGAAGCAGUUAGAGCUGGGCGAUAAAAUGGACCUUGCUAGUUACUUGCUGAAGCCGGUCCAGCGAAUGGGAAAAUACGCUCUGUUACUUCAGCAAUUAGUUAAAGCCGGCACGGAUCUGUCGGAGCAAUUGUCCGGUAAAGAGGAAAAGGAAGACAAGGAGGAUGGCAUGAAGCCGAUGGUCGAGGGCGAGGCAGACUUGAGAGCUGCCGAGCAGAUGGUGCGAUUUCAGCUGCGGCACGGAAACGAUCUCCUGGCGAUGGAUUCACUUCGCGAUUGCGACGUGAACGUAAAAGAACAGGGUAGACUGCUGCGGCAAAACGAGUUUUUAGUCUGGCAAGGAAAGGGCAAGAAGUGCCUGCGUCAAGUUUUCCUGUUCGAAGAUCUUAUACUCUUCAGUAAAGCGAGAAGAUUCCCCGACAGGAAGAAUCUUGACAUUUACAUCUACAAACAUAGCAUUAAGACGACGGACAUCGGUCUGACCGCCGUUAUCGCGGAUUCACCCACUAAAUUUGAGAUCUGGUUCCGCAAACGAAAACCGGGCGACACGUACACGCUCCAGUGCGCGAGCGAGGACAUCAAGAAAGCCUGGACCGAGGAACUCAGCAAUCUUCUGUGGAAACAGGCGCUUCGAAACAGAGAAGUGCGCCUGGCAGAGAUGUCGAGCAUGGGCAUUGGGAACAAGCCGUGUUUAGAUAUAAGGCCUAGUGCGGAUCAGAUUAACGAUCGCUCCAUCAGCGUAGCUCAACUCUCUAAGACACCCAGAUUUAGGAACUCCAUUGCGGUGUCGAUGUCGGAGGAUUCCAGUCGUUGUAGCAGGAGACCACACAGCGUGAUCUCCGUUAGUUCGUCCUCAAGCAGCGGCGGAAGUAGCGGCCCUCCUACGACACUUAAUCUCGGAUUAGACACGAGUCCACGACCUCAUCAUCGUAGUACUACGCUUAACAGCCAGUGCAGCGUCGAAAGCGGCAUUAUUGCUGAUAUCUCGAUCGUGUCGGACGAUGGGGGUGACGGCACCGAGAGAAGUCACUGGAAUUCAACCUUGGAGAGCCCUACGUCGCAUCUACCUACGACUUCCACUCCUUUGCAGUCGCCGACCAGCGCGACAGCGGCAACGGUUACACCCGCUUCUUCGACCGACACGAAUCUCACGUCUUACGAUCAAGACAUGUCCAUUAAUCUGUGAAUUCUUCCCGAUAUGGGAAACAGUCACGAAGAAGCGAUAGUGUGUAUCAUCGAUUCGCUUGCAAGUUUGUGUUACGGAGAACGUGACAUGUCGUCGUGGCAUAUUUAGUUAGGUGCAAUGAGGCAAUAUCGUCGCACGCGUACUGUAGCAUUAGGGCGACAUUUGCAGCCUUGAGCAACUAAUAGUUUAACGACGUAACGGGGCAGAAGUCGCAUGCAAUUCGGUAGGUCGCCGCAUUACGCUUAACACGUGUGCCCAGCUACGAACUUGUAAUCGCAUUACAUAAACGUAGAUUAUUGUUCUAAGGCUGCGGAGACUGUACCGAAUUUUACUGGCGUUCACAAGUCCCAAGUGAAUCUCAUCUGUCUGUGAAUCUAUCUUUUGAUACGCUUCGAAAUCCACAGAUCUAUGUGAGAUGAUCGUAUAGCCGUUACCUGUGAAACUCACCGGGAACUUUUCUGAAGUAAUGGCAACCUGUAUUUUCUUAUGCUGUCAUUGAUUUCACGAAUGUUCUCAAGACGAACACUAGAGAUAAACAUGUACUACCAAAUGUAAGAUUGCAUGUCGGGAUAUGCUACAGUACCAUAAGCGAUAUGCACUGGUCGCCAUCCUCAUUUACACUGGCAUUCCUGAUUACAGCGGCGGGAAGUCCCAUAAAAUUUCCGGUGACUUUUACGAUAAUUUUAUACUUUUAUUUAUAUUAUAGUUAUAAAAUAAAUAGUAAUAUUCCAACUCCACAUUGUGUUCGCGCUUUAUUACAUUAAGGAAAAUAUAUGAUCGUCUUAGAGAAAUGCAAUUUUUCGUAUAGAAAAAAAUAUAUUUUCCUUACUACCAUCCAUUAUAUCGUGGCUAUUUUGAUGAUACGUCCAUCAAGUUUUAAUUGUGGACUACAUGUUCAGGAAUGUCAAAUCAAUGCGCACACACACAUACCAAUUUGUAAAAUAAUGUAAUAUUAAAGGUUUAUACGACGUAGCUACACAGGUAAUAUAAUCAACAUAGUUAUAUAUUAUAUAUAUAUAUAUAUAUAUAUAUAUAUAUAUAUAUAUAUAUAUAUAUAUUAUUUCCAGAUUAUAUAUAUAUAUAUAUUAUAUUCUUUUUAUGUCAGUCAUUUGUGUAAAAUCUUUUAUCACCCGUCGUAGAUGUAAACCUAACUCUGGCCUGUACUAGAAAGCCAAAUUUCUUUUUACGGAGUACUAUUACGUUUAAGGAAUAAAGUUGUUUUGAUACAUGUGUGGAUAAAUGUUUUGGAACAGCUUAGGAUCAAUUAAAAUGGUAAGCUUGCCUUAAGACAAUCCACACUCCAUAUUCCAAUGUUUUAAAUCCGUUAACUAUGCAGAAUCGUACAUGACACUUUGCCUGCGGUUACUUGAAAGUAUCACUUGUAGAUAUAACACGUUAUUAUUUAAAGCACAUGCAAUUCGUAACACGCUGGUACGAUUCGUAAAGCAACUUUGGAGAGAUAUAUUUGAUUAAAGGCGCAAUCGAUUCCGUGAAUCUUUCGAAUACGUCACAUUGAAAUAAUAGCCGAUAUGUGUGAUUCUGCAUUGUUACACUGCUUCCAAGUAAGACGGUUAAUUAGCCAUCCUUAUUGCCAAGGUCUGUCAAGGUAUCGUAAGUAUACCUUAUGGACAGUAACCAAACUGUUUAUUUUAUAUUUUAUAGACAAAAGUCUAAGUAUUUAGAAGCGUAGACGUAGAUCAUAGAAUGUCGCAGAGUUUUUGGCACAGUCCGAUGCACCCUAUUCUGUUAUAGAUUAAUCAUAUUAAUUUACAAUUAUUUGCAAUCAAAAAUAAUUAAUUGCGUUCACUUGAAUUUCAAUCAUGACGAGUAUGCCAUACGUAUAUCGGCGGUGCACCUGGCUAAGCAUCCCUUACCUUCGAAAGUAAGACUAAGCGAAAGAAAGUAAGCAAUUUCUAUUUUCCACAAGUCUGAAUGCGUGUUUGGUGUUGCUUUUGAACUAGGGAUGUUGGAGUAACAUUAAUAAUAACAUAGUACCUUGUAAGAGAAGAUAUGCCGAUAGUCACUUAAUAUUAUACAUAUGUUCUUAGAUAUUUAUUAAUAUUUUUUUUAAGUAUAUAGAACACUCUUUAGUCCCUAUAGAUUAAAUAUUUUCAUUAUGAAUGAAAUGUAUAUAUUACAUUUAAUAACACGAUUAUUUCAGUAUUGUACCGUGUCUAACACCGAUGUAUUUUAUUACUUGCUAAAUAUACUGUAUUGGGUGCCUUUUGUAGAGAA